CUUUACCAGCAGCUCAGAAGGAUGUCUUGCUAUGAGCAGUGCAAACAGCCCUGCCUGCCCCCUCCCAUUUGUGUGCAGAAAUGCACCAAAUGUGUGGAGCCCUGCAAGACAGUGUGCGUGGAGCCCUGCAAGACAGUGUGCGUGGAGCCCUGCGGCAGCGUCUGUGUGAAGCCAUGCUCCACGCCGUGCAUGGAGGUCUGCACAACACCCUGUGCCACCCAGUGCACCACGUCCUGCACCACCCAGUGUGUAGAGCCCUGUGCCACCCAGUGCACCACGUCCUGCAGCACCCAGUGCGUGGAGCCCUGCUGCACCCAGUGUGUGGACAUCUGCCCCCCUAAGUGCAUUGACAUCUGCGUAAAGCCAUGUGCCACUCAGUGCUCAACCCAGUGCACCACCCAGUGUGUGGAGCCCUGCCCACCCCCAUGCGUGGAGGUGUGUGCCACCAAGUGCGUUGACUCCUGCGAGACAGUGUGCCUGGAACCAUGCAGCACGGUCUGCUCUCACCCGUGCUGAUUGCUUUAAUGCAUGAGCCUUGCAUGCAGCCCUGGUGCGUCGGUGCAUUGCAAUAUCCAUAGGCUCAUGAGCACCUGCGGAAUGAAUAACAAGUUACAGACCCAUCUGCAACAUACUGAGACCUCUACUGAUCUGGUUACCCCAUGCUCUCUUUGCCUUGGAAAAUAUUUCUCUGAAUGUUUCCAGCCUGUAUCUUUGCUUCCUAUGAUACUUGUGCUACUGCUAUCUCAGCACCUUUUUCUUGGUAACUGCAGUUGGCCAAUAUUAUACUGCUGGGCAUCUUGGGAAGUUAUUUAGCAAUGGCUAUGCUGUAAGCCGUUGAUGUUGGAAGAUGUCUCCCCUUCUGUUCUUUAAUUCUCAUCUUGUCUUUUAACAUAUGUCCUUUUGUCUUUUAAUGUCUAUGUGUAGCAAUAAAAAUUGACCAUUGAUGGCAUCAUGUGUCUUCU